AUGCGCGCCAACUACCUUGUUGCUCUCCUGUCCGCUCUUCCGGCCAUUCUGGUCACUGCCCUGGCUGACCUGCAUACCGAUGUUCACGAGUUCACUCCCAAAUGGGAAUUCGAGCCCUUUCCCGGGCAGAAGAUCACCCUGAACGGGACCGUCGAGCAAGUCGUCGCCGAGCUCGCGCAGAUCAACCCGGACUACUCGCCCUUCGCCCCGGCCUUGGGCGAUGGAGGGUUGGGUGUCGAGAAACGCCAGAAGGCCGAGUUGUUUCCGGCGGACAAGGUCCUUUGCCUGAAGCCCGGCUGGGAUUACGUGCAUGAAAGCGAGGCCAAAGUUGGCAUUCACUACCUCAAAACAGUCAAGGGCCGGCCCAGGGGCGACCCGGGUCCGGGCAAUUGUGGUCGGGUUAGCUGCGGCUACAGUUCUGCCAUCUGGUUUUGCAACGACAAUACACAUCACAUCACCAUCGAUAGUUUUGCCCAGAUCGCCGAGAUGGUGGAGGCUAUCGGGUAUCACUGCACCACCCGUUGGAGACGAUGGUACUCCGGCCAGGCAUUUCAUCCCACCGACAACUGGAAUGUGUACAUCCAUAGAGAUUCUUGCUAG